AUGGUGGCCCGGACGAGUGUCGGCGCGCCAAUGGCGGAGCCAGACCUCUCCCGCAACCGACUGCCGACGCUCUUUGAGGUCCUGAGCAGAAGGACUCUGCCGCCGGUGGACUUGUUUUCAUUUUAUAUCUACAUGCGAGACCAGCAACGGUCUGUCGAUUACUUGGAUUUCUGGCUCGACGUCGCGCAGCACAUGUCGCUAUGCCGCCACUACGUUCGCGAGCUUCGCCGAUCCGUGCUCGUCGCCACGCCCGACAUGGAGCGCGCCGGCGGCGCUACCGCCUCGAAGCGUUCCUCGACGAUCCUCGACAACAUGGGCGACCUGGAGCCGCGGCCGGCGGGCCCGUCCAUGUACGCGACCGAAAAGGAAAAGAAUCAGGACGCGCAAAUGUCGGCGUUUCUGCGCGAGGAACAGUCGGAGCGCGAGUCGCCGCACACGGGCUCCCGGCCGAGCCCGAUGACCGCCAGCCCCGGCCGCGACUUGACCGACUCCAAUUCGCCCGCACACACCGUCUCGCGCCAGGACAUCCGGGCGUCGGCGGAGAAGAUCCUGUACACGUUCCUGCUGCCGGGUGCCGAGCGCGAAAUCAUCCUGCCGGGGUCCAUCACACAGGACGUCAUCAGCGCCAUCGAGGAGCACGGCCGCGACGACCCCGAGGUGUUUGACACAGCCAAGGACUAUGUCUUCCAGGCCAUGGAGCGCGACGCCUUUCCUGGCUUUCUGCGCAUGAAAGCCCUAGGAAACCUGAUUCCGCCCACGCUAGUGAUGCGGUUGAUACUUGGUCUGCUGGCCAUGUUUGGUGCUUUUUGGACCGCCUUUGUGCUCAUCUUUCUCAACAAGAGCAGGGCCACAAGAUGCUGGCUUAUCCUACCAUUCACAGUUGGCAUCUACUUUCUCGCCUCGUAUCAGUACUCUCUCGACCCCAUCAUGGCGCUGCUCGGCUUCAGCGAAUACACGCCAUUCAACUUUUCUCGCAUCCGCGAGCCCUACGUCCGCACUCUGCUGGUCAAGCGAGCAUUCAUUGUCCUCGUCGUGACGGCUCUCGCUACCGCCGCCCUGUGCGUCCUGUUCAUCUUUGUGCCCGGCAAACGGCUGUAA